GCACAGUCAGUCACUGCAGAGACACUCUUUAAAGGUCUCAUUUUACUCUGAGGCUGUGACACACUGCGCUGCUCCUCUCUCUUCUUCACACACCACAACAACCAUUUCUCCUCACAUGAUGAUGGAUCUGAGGAUUUUACUGUUUUUCGUGACCGUGCCCUGGAUACUUUGUGAACCGGCAAGAACCAAUAAAGUGGUGCCUAAACACAAAGGGAUACUGAAAGUAGUAGAUGAUGAAGAAUUAAUCACAGAAAGUAGAAUUUUCAUGGAAGCCAAGAAACCAAAGAAAAAAGUCACUCUUAGCACAGACUAUGAUAGUCCAGUUGACACAGAUGAUGACGGUCCGGGAGCAGACAAUAAAGAUGACAAGGAACUUCCCACUUGCCUAAUGUGUGUGUGUCUAACUGGAUCGGUGUACUGUGAGGAGGUUUCUCCUGACAUGACAACAGUUCCACCACUGCCAAAGGAAACGGCUUACCUUUAUGCACGCUUCAACAAAAUCGCUAAAAUUACCAACAGAGACUUUGCCGAUAUUGCCACACUGAGAAGAAUUGACCUGACCGGCAAUCUGAUCUCUGAAAUAGAAGAUGGAGCCUUUUCAAAACUCGACCAGCUUGAGGAACUAACGCUAGCUGAGAACAAACUGGUCAAACUGCCAAUGCUGCCAGCUAAACUUGUGUCUCUCAACGUCAACCACAAUCUACUUAAAACAAAGGGAAUAAAAGCAAACAUUUUUAAGAAACUCACCAAGCUAUCAUACCUGUACCUCGGAGAAAAUGGGCUGGAGGCCAUCCCCCUGCUGCCAGAAAGCCUCCGCGUGGUUCAUCUGCACAACAACAACAUAACGUCACUGACGGAUGACACAUUCUGCAAAGGAAAUAACACGCACUACAUCAGAUACAACAUGCAGGAGGUUCGGCUGGAUGGAAACCCGAUAACAUUGGCCCAGCAUCCCAACAGCUUCAUCUGUCUGAGAGCUCUACCAAUUGGACACUACAAGUGAUCCGCUGAGAAGAAGAAAAUGUUCCUUAAGACAUCGUCCAACUGGCAACCACUGUUAAGAUGUUAGACAACACAUUCACAAAGACUUAACAGCUUAAUAAAGAAUUUUGACUUUUGAGUGCAUUUAGACAUUUAAGAUCAUUUACAUAAUUUGUUAGAAGCAUGUACAGACAAUAACAACUUUUUCUUGACUUUUUUUUUUUUUUACAGUGUAAUCAUUUUGUUAAUGUUUUUGCAAGUAAAAAUUGUAGUAAUGUCUGUGAACUUUUUGGAAAAAGAUAUUGUUACUGUUACUGAUAUCCAAUGCUGGUAAAUAAAUUCAUUUAGGGCUGA